CCAAAAACUAAGAACCCUAAUUCUUUCAAGCACGGCUAUGGCGGACAGUAACGCGGUCUCUCUUCUACAAGUUCUAUGGGGCAGGGUCUCCCCACACAAGAUCGCAUUCAUUGAUUCCAAAACGAACCAGAGGAUCUCUUACGGUGAUCUGAGGCGCAGCGUCGCCGUGGCCGCCUCAGGCAUGGUAUCGCUCGGGAUUUGCCCUGGCGAUGUCGUGCUGAUCGUCCUGGGCAACAGCAUCGAGUUCGUGGUGCUCUUCCUCGGCGUCUUGGCGCUCGGCGCGACUGUGACGACGGCGAAUCCGCAGAAUACUGUCAAGGACAUCCAGCGCCAGGUCGCGGAUUCUCGUGCCAGGUUCGUCUUCUCGUCCGGGAGCUUGGCUUCCAAGAUCCAGGAGCUGCGAUUGCCGAUGCUCCUCGUCGGGAAGCCGGGAUUUCCUCUCAGCCAUGUCUCCUACGAGGAUUUGCUGGACGAUGGGAAUUCCAGCGCCAUGAAUUUGCCAGCGAAGAAGAAGCUCAGUCCAGCGGCAUUGCUCUACUCCUCCGGGACGACUGGCGUGAGCAAAGGAGUGAUUCUAUCGCAUGGAAACUUGGUCGCGGCCAUGGAAACGCUCUACACCGCUCGAAAGGAGCCAGUGCCGGAGGACGAGGUCUCGCUCGGAAUGCUUCCAUUCUUUCACAUCGCUGGACUGAUCUAUGGGGUACUGGCCACGAUCUACAGUGGAACAACGAUGGUGGUGGUCGCAAAGUUUGAGCUCCUGGAGAUCUUCGAGACCAUCGAGCGCUACAAGGUGACGCAAAUGACCGCGGUCCCUCCAAUGAUCAUUGCGUUUAUCAAGCACCAUAGCUCGAGCAAGAGGUAUGACCUGAGCUCUCUCUCGCGCGUGGUGUGUGGUGCCGCGCCCCUCGGGAGAGAGACUCACGAGGCUUUUCUUCGCUUGUAUCCACAGGUGGCUCGAUUUCCACAGGCUUAUGGCAUGACGGAGACGACGGGAGUGGGAUUUGGAGCUUCCAAAGAUACUGUGGUCGGCUCGGCUGGGAAGAUCAUGCCGGGUUUUGAAGCGAAAGUUGUGGAGGUAGGCACUGGUCGAACUCUCCCUCCUGGUUCGCAAGGUGAACUGUGUUUACGCGGUCGUUGCAUCAUGGAAGGAUAUCUUAACAAUCCCAAAGCAACUUCCGAGACCAUUGACAAGGAUGGAUGGCUGCAUACUGGGGACCUUGUCCUCCUUGACACGGAUGGAAACAUGUUUGUCAUGGAUAGGCUCAAAGAGUUGAUCAAGUACAAGGGCUUUCAGGUGGCGCCUGCUGAACUGGAGGCAUUGCUUUUGAGUCAUCCUGCGAUCCAAGACUGCACUGUUGUUCCAUUUCCAAACGAAGAGGCAGGCGAGGUCCCCCUUGCUUAUGUCGUUCGUGUACCUCAUUCCACUCUCUCCGAAGCGGAAGUUGUGGAUUUUGUUUCGAAACAGGUCGCUCCCUACAAGAGAGUCAGACAAGUGCGAUUCCUGGACGCCAUACCAAAGUCUGCCACGGGAAAGCUCUUGAGAAGAGAACUCAUCGCUCGUUCUCGCUCCAGGCUUUGAAGGUGUUUGCGUGGUGCACGAGUGAAAGGCUUGAGAAUGUUCGAAAAGAUGGUAUGAAUUCGCAAUCAUCACAGGCGUGCAUAUAGUGCAAGCAAAAUAGAGUUGUGUGGCGGGUUUAUGAUCUUGACGUGCAUAUACAGCCUUGGAGUUGACGAUUCAUGUGAAUGCUAUGUGCUUGCUGGAAUCGCAUUGCAGCGAGCUAUGCUUCGUUCGCAAGGUGUUUGUUAAAGUGGACCCUCAAAACCCGCAUGCGCAGAGCUAGAACAGUGGAACAUUUUGCGUCCUCGUCCUCAUCCUCCGCGGAGAAUCAACUAUACCUUCUACAA